AUGCAGACACUGGUUCUCAGAUUUGCUCACCUAGGUGAUUCAAUCACCACGUACUACACAGACCUGCUUUUGGGCCAUGUGUGGUCCAGCCUCUACCCGCCGUCCCCGGAAGAACCCCCGCCUCCCUCCCCUUCACCCCUUGUCAUCCCGUCGAUGUCUCAGGUAGUUGGUGACUUCAUUGUUCCUCUCACGUCCACUGCGAGACUGCGGAAGUUGAGGGGCAAGAAGUGCGGCUCUCGACACAAACGUGGCGACAUGGACGAGAAGCACACGCCCCCAGUUGGUCGGCUUCUAGCAAUGGCCUCUCGCCUCCUCUGCCUCACCCGAAACCGCUUUGGUCGCAGGAGUCAAGAGGUGUGCACGAGCGCUCAGAAGAACGUCCCAAUCUUCCCC